UUGCAAGGAAGCAAAGUCAUUUUUCGAAAUGGACUGGCAACUCUGUCGCCGUAACAUAAGAGUUCAUUUUGGAUUGUAAAAAAAAGUGCAAAAAAACUAAAUUUUACGCAUAAUUAAUUAGUUUAUAGUGUAAAUAAGAGCGUCUAAGCAAACAAUCCACAUCCUCAUCCUCCCACAGCCACACACACACAAACCAGAAGAUAUGUCGCUUAAGCCCAAAAAAGUGGAAUUCGAUGAGAUCUGGCGGCGCUUGCGUUGCGUUCUUGAGAAGGUGAUAACAUUGCAGAAAGUUGAACGCGCCGAGUGGAACACGAGCUUUAGCGAUGUUUAUAUGUUGUGCGUGGCGCAGCCGGAACCGUUGGCCGAUCGACUUUACAGUGAGGCAAAGCACUUCCUGGAGUCUCAUGUGCAGGAAAUGCUGACCUCGAAGGUGUUGGCCGAACAUGAUGCGACCAAUGCAAAUAAUACGAACAGCAGACCGGAUCUGCUGGAACGUUACUAUACCACCUGGAUGGUGUAUAGUCAGGGCAGCAAGUUUGUUAACCAGUUGUUCAUAUACCUGAACCAGCAGCACAUUAAGAAGCAAAAGAUUACGGAUUCUGAAUCCUUCUAUGGCAGUCUGUCCAACGAUGCAGCCGAACAAAUGGAAAUUGGAGAGCUUGCAUUGGACAUUUGGCGUUUGUAUAUGCUCGAAAAUUUGGCACUGGAGCUGGUGCGUCACAUACUCGAAGGCAUUGCGGCUGAUCGGGCCAGCAAUGGCGCCCUGGACUCGCAUCGCGUCGAGGUCAUUCACGGCGUUAUCCACAGCUUUGUAGAGGUGCAAGAAUAUAAGAAGACGGGCUCACUGAAGCUCUACCAGGAACUAUUCGAGGGUCCCAUGCUGGAGGCAAGUGGUGCCUACUACACAAACGAGGCUAACAAGCUGCUCCAACGUUGCAGCGUAUCCCAGUACAUGCAGGAGGUCAUCAAGAUACUCGAGUAUGAGAGCAGACGAGCCCAGAAAUUCUUGCACGAGAGUUCGCUGCCCAAGCUGCGUAAACAGUGCGAGGAGAAGUUUAUCAAUGAUCGCCUGGGCUUCAUCUAUUCGGAGUGCCGGGAUAUGGUAUCGGAUGAACGGCGUCAGGAUCUUCGCAACAUGUAUAUCGUGCUGAAACCCAUACCCGACAAUCUAAAGUCUGAACUCAUACAAACAUUUCUCGAGCACAUCAAGAACGAGGGACUGGAAACAGUGUAUGCCCUCAAGGGCGAGAAUAUUCAUAUUGCCUUUGUUGAGAAUAUGCUAAAGGUACAUCACAAGUAUCAGGAGCUGAUUGCCGAUGUCUUUGAGAAUGAUUCGCUAUUCCUUAGCGCCCUGGACAAGGCAUGCGCCAGUGUCAUCAAUCGACGUCCCAGUGAACGUCAGCCUUGUCGCAGCGCUGAAUAUGUGGCCAAAUACUGUGAUACCCUUUUAAAGAAAUCGAAAACCUGCGAAGCGGAAAUCGAUCAAAAACUCACCAACAACAUAACCAUAUUCAAGUACAUUGAGGACAAGGAUGUUUAUCAAAAGUUCUACAGCAGAUUGUUGGCCAAGCGUCUCAUACACGAACAAAGCCAGAGCAUGGACGCCGAGGAGGGUAUGAUAAAUCGAUUGAAGCAAGCCUGCGGCUAUGAGUUCACCAACAAGCUACAUCGUAUGUUCACGGACAUUUCGGUCUCCACAGAUUUGAACAAUAAGUUUAACAAUCAUCUAAAGGACCACGACAUUGAUCUCGGCAUAAACCUAUCGAUUAAGGUGCUGCAGGCGGGCGCUUGGCCCUUGGGCUCCACACAGGUUAUACCAUUUGCUGUCCCCCAAGAAUUCGAAAAGUCCAUUAAAAUGUUUGAGGACUAUUAUCACAAUUUGUUCAGCGGUCGUAAAUUAACUUGGCUACAUCAUAUGUGCCAUGGAGAACUGAAGCUAAGUCACCUUAAGAAAGCCUACAUUGUGACUAUGCAAACGUACCAAAUGGCGAUAAUAUUGUUGUUUGAGACCUGCGACACAUUGAGCUGCCGUGAGAUACAGAACACACUGCAGCUGAAUGAUGAAACUUUUCAGAAACAUAUGCAGCCAAUGAUCGAGUCAAAACUGCUGAAUACCAGCUCAGAGAAUCUCUCGGGGGACACGCGCAUUGAAUUGAAUUUAGAUUACACAAAUAAGCGUACAAAAUUCAAGAUUAGCUCGGCGUUACAAAAAGAAACACCUCAAGAGGUGGAGCAUACGAUCAACUCUGUGGAUGAGGAUCGCAAACUAUUUCUGCAAGCUGCCAUUGUGCGCAUUAUGAAGGCGCGCAAAGUGUUAAAGCACAAUGCACUAAUACAAGAGGUUCUAUCAUUAUCGAAAGUUAGUUUUACACCCAACAUUGCGAUGAUUAAGAAAUGCGUGGAAUCAUUAAUUGACAAACAAUAUAUAGAGCGUACGGCCAAUUCUGGUGACGAGUAUAGCUAUAUGGCUUAGACUGCGGUAGCUAGGACACCAACUAGAGAUUACUGAUUGCAAAAUCUUCACUAAUUGAAUUCACGAUGCAACCAAUCACACAAUAAUUAAUUAAUUCAAAACCUUGUAAUACAUAUUAUCCCAAGGCAUAUUUUGUUAAAUGUUUAAAAAAUAUCAUGACACACAUUACAAAAACAACAACAUCAAACAGAAUUAACUACAACAAUUGUCUAUAAACUGAUAGUACUGUCAAUUCUUGAAGUCCCCAAGGCAAUGCAAUAUUUUUAUAUUAUAUUAUAAUUUUUUUAUAAAUUGUUUUCAUCUUAAACAAUCCUGAAGAAUGGGGCGUAUAACAUGUGCGCAUUACUGAUACUUUUAAUUAGUUUAUUUAGUUUUGUAAUAGUUUCUUUUUUCCGGGCGCGUGUGUUUUAUGCAAAUUUUUCAUUUCCUUUUGUAUUGUAUAUUUAUCUGGCUAACACACCCACAUACGCAUAAAUACACGCGCAUGCACAAACAAAAUUAGGAAUGUGUAAUAAAACUGAACAAAACAAA